UUAUCUUUUUCAAUUAAGUUUCGUUUGUUGUUUGGUUGAAUGAAGCCCCAAAUUUGUGCUAAAUUAUUCUUUCUUUAGCUUCUUAUAUAGUAUAUGGUAUAUCUUCCUUUCAAUAACUCGGCAUUGAUUUCACAAAAUCUCGCUGUUUCGUUUCCCUCCUUCCUACAGUCAGUCUGUUUCUUCCAUUUCUCUGGGUCCCUGAGCUCUAGCUCUCUACCAUCAAGGGAAAACAGGUUUAUCUCUGGGCUAAAUUUAAAGACAUUGGUGAAAUUUAUACAUACUAGAGUAGACAUGGCUUAUGGUGGAGCACCUGCAGCAAUGACUGGCAUCGGUUCUGCUUCAGCUUCAACAGUAAGGCAAGUGAAAUUGGACAAAGAGAGUGAGCUGAGAAUUGAAGUUGGUAAUGAGACACAUCUGAACCUUCGGGUUCUUAAUGGUAAUGCUGAGAUUUUUGGAACUGAAUUACCUCCAGAAAUCUGGCUCACCUUCCCCCCACGUCUUAAAUUUGCCGUUUUUACUUGGUAUGGAGCCACAAUUGAAAUGGAUGGUGCAACUGAAACUGAUUAUACGGCAGAUGAGACACCCAUGGUCAGUUAUGUAAAUGUACAUGCUGUACUGGACGGAAGAAGAAACCAUGCCAAAGCAUCUGCAUCAAAGGGCUUAGAGGCCUCUCAGUUUGCAUCUAGUUUUGACAAUACAAUCUUCUGGGAGGUGCAGGGCCCUAGGGUAAUUGUUGUAGGACCAACAGAUUCUGGCAAGAGCACUUUGACAAGGAUGCUUCUUAGUUGGGCAGCUAAACAAGGUUGGAAACCUACAUAUGUUGACCUGGAUAUUGGCCAAGGGUCAAUAACAGUUCCUGGAAGCAUUGCUGCUACCCCGAUAGAACUGCCUAUUGAUCCAAUUGAAGGGAUUCCUCUUGAAAUGGCUCUUGUUUACUUCUUUGGGCACCCAAGUCCUAGCAACAAUGUAGAUUUGUACAAAGUGCUUGUGAAGGAGCUUGCUCAAAUGUUGGAAAAACAAUUUACUGGUAAUGCAGAAUCUCGAGCAGCAGGCAUGGUAAUCAAUACCAUGGGUUGGAUAGAAGGUGUUGGUUAUGAGUUAAUACUUCAUGCCAUUGAUACAUUUAAUGCCAAUGUUGUCCUUGUGUUGGGUCAGGAGAAACUUUUCAGCCUGCUAAGGGAUGUAUUAAAGAACAAGCCUAACGUGGAUGUUGUGAAACUUCAGAAGUCGGGUGGUGUUGUGUCCAGGAAUGCAAAAGUUCGCCAGAAGACCAGAAGUUAUAGGAUACGGGAAUACUUUUAUGGCCUAACAAACGAUUUCUCCCCACAUGCAAAUGUUGCAAAUAUCAGUGAUUUACAUGUCUAUCGGAUUGGUGGUGGACCACAAGCACCAAGAUCAGCUCUACCCAUUGGGGCUGACCCUGUUGCCAAUCCUCUGAGAUUAGUACCUGUGAAUGUUGACCAGGAUUUGCUCCAUUUAGUUCUUGCUGUUUCAUAUGCCAAAGAACCUGAUGAAAUUAUAUCAAGCAAUGUUGCUGGGUUUAUCUAUAUCACAGAUAUUGACAUGCGGAGGAAAACAGUUACGUAUCUUAGUCCAUCAGCAGGGAUUCUUCCUAGCAAAUAUCUCAUCGUGGGAACUUUGGCAUGGCUCGAAACAUGAAGUGUUGAGUUUCUUCAGAACAGAACUGGACAUGGCCUGAUUAUAUAUAUGAACUACUCGAAGUACAAUUCUCUCUUCAUUAUGGAAUGCUAAUUGUUCUGGUUUAGUGAGUGCAAGUAUCUAUCUCAUUGUCUCAGAGUUCGGAGCUUCUUGUGGCUUUGGCAUGUAACCUUAUACAAAGAUAACUAGAACACUGGCUUUUUUGCUUCUGUAAUAGUUUCUUACUCUGUUAUUUAUGAAGAUAAUAGAUAAUUCAUUAGAUGUCUAUUUUAUCAA